AUGGCUAGAACUAAACAAACAGCUAGAAAAUCUACCGGUGGUAAAGCCCCAAGAAAACAAUUAGCCUCAAAGGCCGCCAGAAAAUCUGCUCCAUCCACUGGUGGUGUUAAGAAACCACAUAGAUAUAAGCCAGGUACUGUUGCCUUGAGAGAAAUUAGAAGAUUUCAAAAAUCUACUGAAUUGUUGAUUAGAAAAUUACCUUUCCAAAGAUUAGUUAGAGAAAUUGCUCAAGACUUUAAAACCGACUUGAGAUUUCAAUCCUCCGCCAUCGGUGCUUUGCAAGAAUCUGUAGAAGCUUAUUUGGUUUCUCUUUUUGAAGAUACUAACUUGGCCGCUAUUCACGCCAAGCGUGUUACUAUCCAAAAGAAAGAUAUUAAAUUGGCUAGAAGAUUAAGAGGUGAAAGAUCUUAA